AUGGAUACCAACUACGAUGAUCCAUUCCGCAAAACUUGUCUGGUUCCGUAUCCAAAACCCGACGACCUCCCACCGUUAUUGCGCGAGAAACUAAGCAUUCUGCCUUUCCGCCGCAAUAUCCUCCUGACCAUUGCAAACUCGCAUGGUCUCGCACCCCAUUUGCUGAGUCUCAUUGGUGCGUGCUUCGAUGGCACCCAGCGCGGACUACCAACGCUUGACUGGCAACUGAUCGUUUUACGCACUGCCACGGUCCUCAAAGCAAAAUAUGAAUACGAUGUGAACCUCCCAGUUGCUGAAGUCCACAAUAUGCCUCAAGAGAAAAUCGACAAUAUAGAUUGUUCUAGUGACUCUGUCCAUCGCUCCGGCCAGGGCCCAUGGACAGACCGCGACCGGAUUUUGCUACGAUUGGUUGAUGAACAGUUAGCCACAUAUACCAACGAAGAGAACACAAUUCAGGACGGUGUGAAGAUACUUGGCGCCGAUAUGGUUGUCGAGGUGCUCAUUGUCAUCGGUGUUUAUGGUCUAUUAGCUCGGCUAAUUAAAGGCCUGAGAGUGGAUGAUGACCCGGAGGUUCCAGAUGUGAAAGAAAAGAUCAAGAGCGCUAUCACUGCUACGAGUAAGGCUGAGGUCUAA